UCUUCUCUCCCCCUUUUCUUUCUCCUUCUCCACAAUCCACAAAUUCCCCCAAAAUUAGUUUCUUCAUCCAGAUAUUUCUUCCUCAUCUCGUUUCCUCUUCAUUUACACUGCAUUUCCGUCGUCAAUUUCCGAUAGGGAUCUACUUUUUGCUCCUAUUUCACUUCUGUUCCGUUUAAUUAACCUCUUUUUUUCUGGAUUCACAUUUUGAAGCUUCCUUGUUUAUUUAUUUUCUAUAAUAAGAAGUGUGUCUAGUUGUUGUGUAGCUGAAAGUUCAAUACUUCCGUUUUGUUCCAAAAGAGGAAAUGGGAUAAUUUUGGUCCCUUAAAAUUCGAAUUUAAUAGGAUUUGGAUUUCUUUCACUUUUUUUCGGUGAGAAUUGAGGUUUAGAAAUUAGCUCCAGCUAGCUCGAGGAGUUGUGGAACGAGAUUUGGAUAAACUAAUGGCUUCGUCAGUUCAGGUAAAGCAUGAAAGUGUUACAGGUGCGACUGAGGAGAAUAUGCAGUCGAAUGAGCAGUUCUCUAGUGCAGAUGAGUAUGCUUUUAAGGUGAGAAAGCCAUAUACGAUUACUAAACAAAGGGAAAGAUGGACUGAGGAAGAGCAUGAGAGGUUCCUCGAGGCCUUGAAACUUCAUGGUCGUGCGUGGAAAAAAAUUGAAGAGCACAUGGGUACGAAAACAGCAGUGCAAAUCCGAAGCCACGCUCAGAAGUUUUUUUCCAAGGUUGCUCGUGAGAGUAAUAAUGGAGAUAGCAGCAAUGCACAACUGAUCGAAAUUCCUCCUCCUAGGCCAAAAAGGAAGCCGGUUCACCCUUAUCCUCGGAAGCCAGGUUCUGUGGUUAAAAUUAAGGCAUCGAUAUCUGAGAAGUUAAUGAGAUCGGCAUCUCAAAAUGUGUUGGAGCAAGCGACAGAGUCUCCUACUUCUGUGUUAUCUGAAAACCAUUCGGAUACAUAUGCCAGAGCCGAUACGUGUACUCCAGAAGGUAGCUGGUCACCGUUAUCAUCCACUCUUGCUCUUGAUGCCAGUGCUUCUUGUGCUGCUGAAGCACCUACGAGAACCGAACCAGUGAAUGAAAAUGGACAAUAUAAUCCUGAUGAAGAAGUUUCUCUGUAUCAGGAGCUUUCUUCUCACGACGACAAGGAAGAUCAAUCUGCUGUGCAACAACUGAAGCUCUUUGGUAAGACCUUACUGGUGAGGGGUUCUUUCGGAACAUCUUUUUCGACGCACAAGGCUGAGAGUGUAGAUAAAAGUGAGGGUGGGGAUGCUUCAUUCCCUUUGAAAGUGAUACCUCUGAAGUUAACUGCUGAGCAUGUGAGCCCUGUAGACGCGGUUCCUUUUCCAUGGCUGAUGCUUUCAUCAUGUUCGACUCAGCAAGGGCUCGACAAGAAAGGCAAUCUCGACAGCAAUGAAGAGAAGGAAGUGUCUUCCAGUGGCUCAACAACUGGUUUAGACAGAGAAAAGAGCUCGGAUACUGACAGCCGAUGUCCCUUGCUUGAAAUGAGAGGGAAGAAUGCAAAUGCACUCGCCUCUAGAUUAAGUAAAAGAGCUUAUGCAGAUUCUGAAGAUUGUAGAAAAGGUUUUGUGCCAUACAAGAGACAUACGCGAGCAGAGAAACAGCGGAGCUGCAUCUGCUUGUAGCUUAAUACAUAUACAUAGUUGAUUACAAUUUUUUAGCUGUGCCUGUGAAUGGAAGGCUGGAUUCUUACUAUCUUAGACAAUCUUUGAUUUUUGGGUUGUAAUAUUUGCAAUCUUUUAUGUUUUUUUGUCAUUGUAACUUUUGAGGCACAACUGUGUAUCUUUCCUAAUGGGAACUUUUUUCUUGUAA